GCCUGGGUCAACGUCCGCAACAACACCGGCAAGCCCAUGGUCGGCAUCUCCCUCGUGCACAAAUACAGCAACGUCUACAAAGAGGACAAACAAUGGGGACGCCUCGAGCACGGCGCGACGACGCCCGAGCCGCUCGGCGUCGACUACAACACGGGCUUCCUCACGACGGGCCGCGACUGGUGGGUUGUCACCUGGUUCCAGGAGGACAUGAAGUACAUCUGGUUCUCCGCGUCGAUCAACAUGCGCGGGUUCUUCGACUUUGCGGACAACCUGCUGCCGGAGGCGAUCGCGGGCGCGACGGGGCCCGGGGCGGUGCUCGCGGGCGCGGGCGCUGCUGCCGCCGCGAAGCUCGUCACGAGCAAUGUGUUCAAUGCGGAGGGCACGGAGGGGUUCAAGCAGCAUAUGCUCGAGGAGGAGGACGAGGGGGAUCUGAUGGAGAUCGUCGUGAACCUUUCGACGGUCGAGUUUAAGAGCAAGAGCGGGACGUCC